GUUGCCUUCUUCAUUCUGCCCGUCAUCUUCGUCUUCAAGCGCGAUCUCGCACCCGCAACUUCCCUGAUUGUCAUCCUGGAACAGACACGUAUGCUGAUGAAGUCACACGCUUUCAUCCGCACCAACGCUGUGAAUGCCUUCAUACCACCGGAUGUUGCCAAGUUGGAAGUGUCGCCGGGAAGUUUCAAAAGGCCCUGUGAACGUUUUCCUUCCGUAGCCAUAGGCGACGGUCCGCCCACCUUGGACACAGAAUUGUCUAUGAGCAACACCUACCCUCUGCCCUCCUUCUCCACCUACCUCUACUUCCUAUUCGCGCCCACUCUCAUCUUCAGCAACACCUACCCACGCACGCCCUAUGUCCGGUGGCGCAUUGUGGCCGAAAAUUUCCUGCAAGUGGGCCUCUGUGUCAUCUACAAUUACUACAUCUUUGCCCGCUUCUGCUUCUCCCAUUUCGCCAACUUCGGUCGAUCCAACCACUUCACCUUCUCGCCCCGUGAGCUCGUCAUCUCCAGCUUUGGCUGUAUGCUACCCGGUGCAAUGGUCCUUCUCAUCACCUUUUACGCUUUCCUGCACUGCUGGUUGAACGCAUUUGCCGAGAUGUUGCGCUUUGGCGACCGUCUUUUCUACAAGGACUGGUGGAACAGUUUCACCUUCAGUGCCUACUACCGAGGCUGGAAUUACAUCCUCAUUGUGGUCUUCCGGUUCUUCUACCCGGUCCUCUUUGUCAUGUUUGGCAUUGCCGGAUUCGGCAUUGCCCACCUGAAGGCGCGCUCACGGUUCUGGAACAUUGGCAUUUGGGUGGGCCUCUUCAUGGGUAUGGGCAUCAUAAUGUGUCUCUACUCCAUGGAGUGGUACGCCCGACUAAACUGUCCCCCGACCCCCGGAGGACGCCUGCGGGACAUGCUGCUUCCGCGAAGUUGGUUUUGUCGCAGGUGGUAG